CGCAGCCAGUCACGACAGUUCAGCGUUAGCUGUCGUCGGGAUUGGUUGUCUUGUGUUUUUCCGUUAUCACGUUUUCGCCUUAGUUAUUUCUUACAUGGGACAUAUGUCGCGUGCGAAAUAAAAAGAAAGAGAAAGUGUUGAAUAAACGAAAAAAAAAGACGCAAGAAGGGAGAGAGAGAAAGAGAGAAAAGAUUAUCAUAAUAAAUAAAUAAUCAAUCUUGUUAACAUUAUACUUAUAAAAGCGUACUCGAGUAAUGUUGGGGUACGUGUACGCGGGCGCACGCGCGCGCGCGUGUUAAACCGCGCGAGACGAAGAACACUUUCUUAGCCGUAACGUGUUACUUGAGACGUACAUAUAAUAAGAAAGGUACAGAAUAGAAACGGUAGAGAGAGGAGCAAGGAAAGACAAGAGAGAAAGAGAGAGAGAGAGAGAGGGAGAGAGUGAGAUAGGGAGAUAGAGAAAGAAAGAAAGAGAGGAGGACGAUAAUGCGGACUUGGUGUUUCCGCCUAGUUCGACACGACGUCGACAAAGACGACGACAACAAUCCAGACGAAUUUCGACGGAUUUAUUCGUGUAUUCACGAGGACAAUCGACGACGACGAUGAUGACGAGGACGACGACGACGACGGCGACGAGGACGAUGAUGACAACGACGGCGACGAUGAGGACGAGGACGCGAUGACGAGUGAGUGAAAGCGAGAACGCGUUCAACUAUAAACUAGAGCGCACGCGUCUAUUACAAUCGGAAGAAGGCGUAGCUCGAAUUGAUUCAAUAGAAAAAGUGUCGGGUGUAGUUACCGAUCAAAAGGAAGAUGUACGAAGCAACGUCGUGUUUGUUGCUGAGAGUAUGUUUAGGAGCUAUUUUAUUGGUCCUCGCUGGUGGAGUGACGACAUCGAGCGUAUCAGAAAAGUUUAUUGAACUGUCGAAUAAAAAUGACGAUUUGGAAUCAUCGUCAUUGGUUGUAGCCAAUCCAGUUAAAGUCAAUCAAGAAAUAGAAGAAGAAGAAGAAGAAGAGGAAGAAAAAGAAGAAAACGGCGGUGAUUUGAAAGCAAAAGGUUUGAAAUUACCUGAUCUCGAGGAUGAAGAUCAUAAGAAGAAAGUAUCGAAAGAAGAGAAAAAAGAAGGAGAAGAAGAAGAAGAAAAAACGCGAACGACGAUUUCUACGGUGAUCAACGAAACGAAUAAAGACGUAGUUGAAGAUUCAGAUAAUAUCAGCAGUAUCGCAACGACCACGAUCGAGUCUACUUCGUCAUCUCCAUUUUUGGACAAUGAAUUAGGAUCGUUCGAUCGAAUGGAAAAGCUGAAUAUAGAUAAAUAUAUUGAGGAAAUGAAAAAUGUAGACAAUGUUAAAAAUGUUUCAAUGACUUUGAAUGAAACUAAAUCAACAACGAACGUUCCAGUAUCAACGUUACCUGUUGUAUCAUCGUCGUCGUCGUCGUCGUCGUCGUCGUCGUCGUCGUCGUCCAUAUCCAACGUAAUUAUCGAAAAGAAAUUGUUGGAGUUGAGUAAAACUAAUUUAACCGUUGCUACGACAACGAGAGAUGCAUCGAUUUACGAGAACACGAUUGGUCGAAAGGAUUCUGAAAAAAAGCCAAUAGUAACCGAGUCUUCGGUUGUUUUAGAGAAUAGUAUUCAACAAUCAGGAGUAUUCGGAAGUAGUUAUAAUACUAUAAAUAAUUUAACAAUCGAGUCUACCAGUUCAUUAUCUUCGUCAAGUAGCACCAGCAGCAGUAGUAUCGGCAGUAGCAUCAGCAGUAGCAGUAGCAGUAGCAGUAGUAGCAGCAGCAGCACAUCAACCGAAUCUUCAUCUAUUGGAACUCUCACAAUUGGGACUCUGACAACAGGAACAUUGUUCCCUUACGUUCAAUCGAAGAUUGAUGAUCCUAACGAUUUUACAGGAAACGGUAUAACUGAAAGUACUAAUUCAAAUACAAUCGUAUCAAUGACUACUACCGUCGUUCCCAUUGAUUCCUCCAUAUUAGAUACGAAAACUACCGAGAAUCCAACUACUAAAUCAACUCUUACAGAUGAUUAUUAUUCGACUCUUAUUACUGAUAUUGAUAAUGAUUUUUCUACGGAAACUACGAUCGAAUCAUCUGAUCAAUCUUCCGUUAAUCCAACGACUAGUAGUUCCUCGUUUUAUCCUGGUAGUACUGUUGAAUACAAAUUUGUUACAUUGACAGAAAACGGUAGAAACUCUUUAACAACGACAACUUUGGCUAUUGAAGAGACGUUGUCUAUAAAUCAUGAACAGACCGAUAUCAACAUUAGUAACAACGUUUCCGAUUCGAAAGAAAGUACAAGAAGUUUGUCGGAAAUUGAAUCGUGGCCUAGAUCGACCUCGGUUGAACGUACUUUACCUGUUACACCUACGCCAAAUGCGAUUAUCACUAGCAGUACACUUAGAAGUACACUUAGCAAUACGGAAAAUAACAUGAUGACCAGUGUCGAAAGUAUUACCGAGAGUUUAGACGCAACACCACUCGUAAAUGUUGUUACCCUAGAUCUUCCAAGUAGUACGUUUGUUACAACGUUACCCGACGACAAGUUACUAGGUAAGAAAUCUGUUGAUGCAGUAGACAUCCCUACAACUACUGUUGCCACCACCAUGGAGACAUUACCACCAGACGAAAUUACAUCUCUGGUUAGGGUAAUACUUGAGGGUAAUAGGCAUGACGUUUGUCCACAUCUUGAAGAACUUCAACAAUUUCUUGCUAAUAUAUUGUCUAAUGGUUUGGAUAAAGUCGUUCUAGCAAAACAAGUUAAGUUUCAUAAGAACCCGUGUACCGAAUCGGAUAACUCAAAAGAUAAUUCAUCAUCCGAAGGAUCUUUUCUUACAAUAUACGUUUACGUAGUUGAUGAAAAUGGUAAAUUCGAUGCUGCGAUGACUAAGAUAUUACCAAAUAUGUACAAAUCAUCAGUAGCAUCAGAUUUUCCAAUAACAAUACGCAGUAUCGUAUUAGUACAGGAAAUAGAUUCUAGCAACGCAAUAGCCGUCGUUGUGGUUUCUUCAGUGGCAUUCAUUUGUCUACUUCUUCUUGCUGGCCUUCUGUUCGUUAUGAGAAAAAGGCAAACAAGAUUCAAUUAUGGCGAACGAUGUCGACCUGUAUCUUUAGAUGCCUAUAGUUUAGAUAGUGUAUCUGCUUAUAACAGUGUUAGACGAAAAGGUUUUGCUAGAUCAUCCAAAAGAAGUUAUGGUAAUCCUGCUUUUGAAGAUUCAAGUGCAGUUCCAUCUCAUCCAUUAAAUUUCACUGGACUUACUUCUUUCUCAAACGACGUCGAUGCCAUUAACGAAGAAUUUUUAAGUAUACCCCAGGUUUCCGCCAAGAUGGAUGAACUUCCUUUGGGUGCUGAAGUGAAGAACAGAUAUGCGAAUGUAAUACCACUUCCAGAAAGUAGAGUACCGUUGAAAAAACUCAACGAUGAUCCUCUUUCGGAAUACAUCAAUGCCAGUUACGUUCGAGGUCCUAAAAAUGCGACGAAAUAUUACAUUGCCUGUCAAGCACCUUUGGAUACGACUGUUACCGAUUUUUGGCGUAUGAUUUGGGAACAACAAUCCAAAGUGAUCAUUAUGUUGACUGAUCUAUUUGAAAACGGGGUUGAAAAGUGUACCGAAUAUAUACCACCUUCCGAGGUGACCGAUUGUCAUAGAUUGUACGGUGAUUUUCAAGUGACGUUAAAGAAGCGAGAAACCAAAGAGAAAUAUGCUAUAUCGACGUUACACUUAAAAAAUUUAGAAAAUAAUACAUUCAGAGAAGUAUACCAUAUUUGGUACUUAUGGCCAGCCAGUGGCGUCCAAACAGACGGCGCAGGACUUAUUGCUGUACUUCUCGAAGGCAGAGCCCUUCAAAGAGGUGGUCCAGGACCUAUAGUGGUCCAUUGUAGUCCUGGUACAGGUCGUACAGGAACACUGAUAGCAUUAGACCUGGGAAUUAGGCAAUAUGAAAUUACACGAACGGUAGAUGUCCCAAGAGUGGUUUAUACGAUAAGAAGAGAUAGAGCUGGGGCUGUGCAAACUAAAGAACAGUAUGCUUUUAUAUAUAAGGCCUUGAAUUUGUAUGCAACCAAACUUGCUGGAGGUAUGCUGGAAUCAACAUAAACGAGGAGUAUAAAUUAUUAUCGGUCUAAAAAAUUGGAGGACGAGUGUUACAAAAGAAUGUUAAGACUAAUUUCAUAGUAAUCUUUAUCGUUGUUGGUAGUUAAAUUAAAUAAGGACAGAUGACCAUUUUUUUUUUUGUAUUCCAGUUAACUGG